GCAUUUGCCAAAGGGGGUGGGGGAGAGGAAAGCCUGUCAAGCAGUACUGCAGUCUCAGCCUAUUCCCAUGCUCGGAAAUGCUGCUGCCACUUGGAGAUUUCCAUAAGGUUUAGCUGCCGUCCAACUUCUGCCACUGGGAUCGUGCACAGAAAGGUCCUGGAGGCACCGAAGGGAAUCUCCUCCAGGGAGGAGCUUCACCAUCUCCAGGAUUUUUUUUGUGACUCAUGCUGCGGGACAAAAGGUUUUGUGCAAAGGGCAAGGACACUGCCCAUGUGGAAUGAUGGCUGCUCUCAACCAACCUGGUACAAGUUGGAAUAUUGCUGGGAAUGAAGUGUGUGCUUCAUGUUUGCUGCAUCUGCCAGCGAGCCAGUGCUCAGCUGUUGCUGCUCCUUCAACCAGCUGUUCAUUUUAAUCAUUGCAUUUAUAACUUGUGCUCCACAAAUGUCGAGUGGCCAGUCUGACCGAUCUAUUGCUGGAUUUGUAAGAACAGCUAAAGAUCCUUUAGCCUCUGGUUUGGUUUUGUUCUUGUCAAACCAGACUGGAUCUUGAGAUUCUCAUUUUAACUAGCCCUGUUUAGAAUUUUGUUAAAGGGAGUGCAACAUUUGCUGGGAGUCUUCAUAAAGUGGAGUCAAUAGGACUUUGUUCCCUUUAAGUGGAGGAGCAUAGCGUGCAUUGUAACCCUGCUCUGUGGUGGGAGACAGACUGAAAGUGAGCUUGCUGUGAAGUGAUUCCAGUACAGCCAGGGAGAGACAGAAAGGAGCUGGUAUUGCAAUUAGCUGAAUGCUUUGAUAGAUAAUAGCAAACAUGCUUUGUGGACUGAAAAAGGAUUUGCAGUCAGACUUCGAUGAUGGCCCUUACUCGAAGGGGAGCAAAGACUCAGGUGGAUUGGACACAGCCCUCGUCUCCAGAAGGCAAAGCAUUCCAGAGGAAUUCAGAGGGGUCACCAUUGUGGAGCUGAUUAAGAAAGAGGGAAGCACCCUUGGCUUAACUAUAUCUGGUGGCACAGACAAAGAUGGAAAGCCAAGGGUCUCAAACCUGAGGCCAGGAGGGCUGGCAGCAAGAAGUGAUCGGUUAAACGUUGGAGACUACAUCAAGUCAGUGAAUGGGAUUAACCUGAUUAAACUGCGGCAUGAUGAAAUUAUAAGCCUGUUGAAGAAUGUAGGAGAAAGGGUGGUACUGGAGGUGGAGUAUGAACUGCCCCCAGCUGCACCGGAGAGCAGCUCUGGCAUUAUUCCAAAGACCAUAGAGGUGUGUCUAUACAAGGAGGGCAACAGUUUUGGCUUUGUGCUAAGAGGGGGAGCCCAUGAAGACUGGCACAAAUCCAGACCAUUAGUACUCACCUACGUAAGGCCAGGUGGCCCUGCAGACAGGGAAGGGUCCUUGAAAAUCGGGGACAGGCUGCUGAGUGUUGAUGGGAUUCCCCUUCACAGUGUAACUCAUGCCGAUGCGCUGAACAUCCUGCGUCAGUGCAGCCAGGAGGCGCUCUUCCAGAUUGAGUAUGAUGUCACCAUUAUGGAUACUGUAGCCAAUGCUUCCGGUCCAUUACUAGUGGAAAUAGCCAAGACUCCUGGAUCUACGCUAGGAAUCACUCUGACAACAGGCACGCAUCGGAAUAAACAGGUCAUAGUCAUUGACAAGAUCAAGCCAGCCAGCGUAGUAGACAGAUGUGGGGCCUUGCACAUUGGUGAUCACAUCCUCUCCAUCGAUGGCACCAGCACAGAGCACUGUUCCUUGUUAGAGGCCACUCAGCUCUUAGCCACCACUUCGGAAAAUGUCAAGUUGGAAAUACUCCCUGCUCACCAGAGCAGACUCCCCCUGAAACCUCCAGACACAGUCAAGGUGCAGAAAAGUGACCAUCACCAUUGCUGGGAUCCCUGUGUCAACUACUGCCACACCCACCAUCCAGGGCACUGCAAGACACCCACCUGGAACCAGACCUCCAGCCAAGAUUAUUGCAAAUCUCUUGUUGCUGCCAACUUCUCAUCGCCCACCAUGAACACGCAAGGUUUCCCCUGCCAGAAUUCGAAUACGCUACCUCGGAGCUCCCACCCCAUGAGCCCGCGUGCCACCAUGAUGAGGAGGAGACAGAGGAAGAAGGACCACAAGAGCUCAUUGUCGCUGGCUUCUAGUACAGUGGGUCCCGGUGGGCAGAUUGUUCACACAGAAACAACAGAGGUGAUCCUAAGGGGAGACCCCUUGAAUGGCUUUGGCCUUCAGCUCCAGGGGGGGAUCUUUGCUACUGAAACCCUGUCUUCCCCGCCCCUCGUCCGAUUUAUUGAGCCCGACAGCCCAGCAGAGAGGUGUGGGCUGCUACAAGUCGGAGACAGAGUCCUUUCCAUCAAUGGCAUCGCAACUGAAGAUGGGACCAUGGAGGAAGCCAAUCAGCUCUUGCGCGAUGCAGCACUUACCAACAAAGUUGUGCUGGAGUUAGAAUUUGACGUGGCAGAGUCUGUCAUACCCAGCAGUGGUACUUUCCAUGUUAAACUGCCCAAGAAAAGAGGUGUGGAGCUUGGAAUUACUAUCAGCUCUGCAAGUAGAAAGCCUGGUGAGCCUUUAAUUAUCUCUGAUAUCAAGAAGGGGAGCGUAGCUCACAGAACAGGCACCUUGGAGCCGGGGGAUAAGCUGCUAGCCAUCGAUAACAUCCGACUCGACAACUGCUCAAUGGAGGAUGCAGUGCAGAUUCUGAGGCAGUGCGAAGACCUAGUCAAAUUGAAGAUUAGGAAGGAUGAAGAUAACUCUGAUGAGCAGGAGACGACCGGUGCUAUUAUUUACACAGUAGAGCUAAAGAGGUACGGCGGACCUCUGGGAAUAACAAUCUCUGGAACAGAGGAACCUUUUGAUCCGAUCGUCAUUUCAGGCCUGACCAAACGAGGGCUGGCUGAAAGGACUGGAGCAAUCCAUGUGGGUGACCGGAUAUUAGCUAUUAAUAAUGUGAGUCUCAAGGGCAAACCACUCAGUGAAGCCAUCCACCUACUCCAAAUGGCUGGCGAGACUGUAACGCUGAAGAUCAAGAAACAAACCGAAAGGUCUUAUCCCAAGAAGUCAGGGAGUAUGAAUGAAGUGAGUGACCCAGAAGAUGAACUGACCGACUCUCAGAAAACUAGCAAACUCUCCGAGAUUUACUCCACCACCAUCCCCAGCGUGGACAGCGCUAUGGAAUCCUGGGAUGGUUCGGGCAUUGACGCAGGCUAUGGAAGCCAAGGUACAUACAUACCUCAGGCUGUUGGCAUUGCCCUACAUCCACAUGAAUGGAGACCUAGCAGGCAGAAGAACAGCACCCCUCCUGGGGAUCCCAGGAAGAACUAUCCCUAUAUGGAUGGAACCUUCAGUGAAGAUGACUGGGACAAACCCACCAGAUAUCCCAACCGCCAAAACGGCCUUGAGACCGCUCACGAGGAUAGUUUUUGGCGUGUUUUUGGAGAGGCUUUGGAGGACUUGGAAACAUGCGGCCAGUCUGAACUUUUGAGGGAGAUCGAGGUAAAUCAACUUGGAAUUGUUCUAACCAGUCCAUUCUCACCACUUGUAGCGUCCAUCAUGACAGGGAGCGUGCACAGUCUGGGCCUGGAAGGGAGCAAACUGCUCGUGGACUCUGUUAGUGAGUCUGGAUUGAGCCCACUGAGGAAAGGAAACUCCAACUGCUGCGACGACAGGCAGAGCGACAGCAACAUCGCUCCCACCAAGAAGAAUGAGAGGAAUCUGGAGAUGAAGAAGAUUAAGGAGGAGGUGCAGGAAAUCAUGUCUCCGACCCCUCUUGAGUUGCACAAGAUGACGCUCCACAAGGACCCAGAGAGUGAAGACUUUGGAUUCAGCGUCUCUGAUGGCCUGUUGGAGAAAGGUGUCUAUGUAAAUAUGAUCCGUCCCAAUGGGCCGGCUGAUCAGUGUGGCCUCAAACCUUACGACAGAGUCCUUCAGGUAAAUCGCAUUCGAACAAGAGACUUUGACUGCUGUCUGGCUGUUCCACUGAUUUCCGAGGCAGGAGACAAACUGGACCUAGUCAUUAGUCGAAACCCCCUGGCACUCGCUGCCAAUGCCCAACUGGAGACCAGUGGGGAGUUAGUCCCACAGUCCUUGGGCGUGGAGGUCAAAACAAGCAUGCAGACACUCUGAGGGAGGAUUUGAAUGGAAGGUACCUUUGGGCCCUGUCGUGGUGGAAAAGCUGAUGAGUAUCCAUUGUGGUUUUGUUUUUGCACUGCUCACUGUAAUGCUGUAUGUAAUGUAACUUGCGGGUGGGUCUGCAAUUAGCUGUGACUCACAGACCACCAGGCAUUGCUCUGAAAGUGCAAGCUAAACCAGACGAGCAGCUUGGACCUUGGUUAAUGCAAAUGGUAAAAUGGGCUGCUGAUAGCAGAAAACAGCAUCCAGGGUAAUUCACCUUUGGCAGGGCAACCUUCAGUCAUUGUUCAACUCCAGUAGGCCUGAGCUUUCACUGUGCGUGGGUUCAUGGAGAGUGGAUCAUCUCCUUGCCCCUCUAAUGCCCUCAUCCUGAAGGACUUGGCCAUCCUUUAAACACACACGGUGCUAUUUUUUUUUUUGCGUUGUCGUUUGCUUUCUUAAUCAUGUACAGUAAGAGUAAAACAAAUCCUGGUUUCUUUGAAGGAAACCCUACUUCAUUCCCAGGCCUCUUUAAAACACUACCACCAAAUCUGACAUUUGAAAAUCUCCUUUCCACCUGAACAUUCACCCACACUGGGCAGCACUAAAUCCCAUUUAAAACACAACUCAAAACUCGCUUGCUAGUGGCUAGAUGCACUUUCUUUUGAAAGCUAAAUCCUUUUGAUGGAUCAGCAUCUGUCUCUAGUUGGAAAUCCCACCCUCCUCACCCACCCCUUUGGAAAUGCAAGGAAGCACUUUGUCCCCCUAGUUGACUCCAAGACACAAUUUGGUUGUCUUUCUUCAUACGUUUUUACAGAGCACUUAGUAGAACACAGCAUCCAGGAAAGCCACUGAAUGGCUGUCCUGAAUCACUGGCCCUCUUGUUCACAUAGACCAUCACAGAGAUUCCUCUCAUUGAAAACCUGGGCUGUUCCUCCGAGUAAACAGCUGUACAACAUUCAUCUCCGGCCAACUUUGGGGUUAUUUUUUUCCAGUGUUUUGAAUAAAUAAAUCCUUGUUGUCUGCUGCCAAAUGCUGGCACGAAAAGCCCUCUGCUAGAUUGAUGUUGUGUUUCCAGUUCCCAAGUGUGCCCCAGAUUGGGUCACCUUAGUGCAAGUACAAGUGUGUACACUUUUUUAAAUGUCUCUGAUGGGUUUUGGACACUUCCCUGUAGUCUGCCAUAGCUGCCCUCCUUUGCCUAUCGUUAACCUCUCUGUGGUUUGUAAGCACGAUGCCUUUUUCGGUAGCUCUUCCUCACCCUGUGUCUCCCUGCACCCAGCCCAGCUCCUUGUAGAAGAUAUGGGUGUGAUAUUUGAAUUGGUUUAAAAAUCUGCCUGCAGCAAACUAGUUGCGAUGCAACCAAGGGCGUGAUCUCUUCCUUUCUCGUCUCCAAACACACAAUCGCUGGCACGUGUCAGUUUCUUCACAUGGCAAAUGUGAUCGCCUGCUCCAUGUUUCAUAUAUUUGCACUUUAUUCUGAUUUAUUUUUCAACUGAUGUCGUAAGGGCCUGUUUUUUUUCCUGGGGGAGGGGAUAUCCUUUAAAGACCCCUGCUUAAUGGAACUGGGUCUCCUCCUUCUGCUUGUUCUCAUUUUAUUUAUUUAUUUUUGUUGUUGUUGUUGUGUAUUCAGGACGCCAUGUAGUUUUGAAAUGUUCAUUGUUCCGCCAAGGCUGAGCCAUGACUAAUUCCCAUGUCUGUACUCUAGCCAAAUCUGCAACUGUCUCUCACAUCCAGCUAUUCGUAGGUGCAACCAUUCUCGUCUCAAGUAUGCAAUAUCCCAUACCAUUGCUGCCAUAACUAGAUAAUGUGCCAUAACUGAUACUGCAGAGCAUUGACAGUACAGCCUAAAGUGUUUUUAUAUGCAAUAUUCUAAAAGGCAGAAGCUCAGUGUGGCUUCUAAUGGGUUUUUAAUGAAGACUUUUAUUAAAAAGGCUUUAAAAAACAACAACUUGGUCCUUGUAUCCCUUCCUAUGCAUUUUGAAUGAUACUAAACUGAAAUGCAUUACUUAAAUGUGUAUUUUUAUCCAUAUAUUAGAGUGUAUUCCUUGUAAAGUAUUUUUAUAUGCUAAUUUUCUUAUGUAUCUAUGAAAGCACAAUAUUUAAAGGUACAGCAUUUCAAAGAAUAUUUUAGUCCGGUUUUGGACCUAUUUGUAAAUCUCUGUAUUUAACUGGGAUUGCAAUGACUUUGUUUGUUUUUUAAUUAAAUAAAAACAAGUGAAAUGCA